CUGAUUCUCAAAAACCAGAAAAUGGUAGUGGAUUGAAACAACCCGAUUAUGAGAUUCAAAAAACACAAUUGGCUGGUGAAUUGAAAUGUAUACAACAAUUAUUAAAAGAUAAAACUGAACAAAAUACACAAUUACAAACAAAUUAUAAUGCUCUUCUUGAAAAGUUAACUAAUUUAACACCAGAUAUAAAUGCUGCUGUAAAAAAAGCAAUACAAGA